AUGGGAGUGACAACUAGGUCCGCUAGUAGUAGCCCUGUGAAGAAACACCAGUCCAGAGCGGCAACUGGCGAAGGAAAGACCACGAAAACAGACGCAGCAGAUGGCAUGAGAGUACUAUUCCUGCCCAAGGACCUGUCCCCGAAGGCCCGUAUCCUAUCAAUACGACAUCCUCGAGAUUCUUCUCCCAAACGAUUCCUAUUGUGCCCAGUCCACGGCCUGUAUGAGUUCACAAGAAUAGCCCAGCCGCCGGGCGAGUAUCGAAGUCUGCUCUUCUCGAGCGUUGAAGAGGACUCGGCAUCCUCUGAGCCAGUCCCUGCUUCAACAGAGAGCUCGAAGUUCAGCGAUGGCUACAUAUCCCAAGAUGCCUCCCUCCUCGUGGCAACGCCAUUCGACCUGUUCUUUUUCCUGCUCUCGAUCCUACCCUCAGCACUGGCAGGAUCAGCCAAGGCACUCUUUCAGCCGAUUGACGACCUGUUUGAGAGCGCCAUAGAAAGAGACAAGCACUCGAGAUUUAUUAUCUCCGUGGGAAGGCCGCUGGUUGAGCAGGCAUUACGGAAGUUCUGCGACACGGUGGACGCGGGCGAUGAUACGAUGUUCAGGGUCAGCGAGGAGAAGACAGUGGCUUUGAUACACCAAAAGAUAAUCCGCGUAGUUGAGAGGGGACUGCCGCCAACUUUGGAGGAGCGAUUCGUUACCCGAGCGUUUGAGACGCCUGUGCUGGGGGUGAAGCGGGAGACAAGUACUCUGAGCACUGCGACCAUGGUAAUAGAUGAAGCCGAAGCCGAAGCCGAAGAAGAGAUAAAGAACACCGACAAUGCGAACGGUGACUCUCAGUCCUCGGCCGCAAGCUCGGCCCCAUCUCUCGUCUUUUCCGAAACAUCAACCAUAUCUACAUCAACGGUAACAACCAUAGCUUCAUCACCCGAAGCACCAUCUCCACAAAUUCUCAACCUACAACGCCUCAAGGUCGCCCUCGACUUCAUCAUCGUCUCCUAUUUCCACCCAACUGUCGCCAACCACGUCCGCCAACACUUCUUGUCAUCAUCCUCACCCAUCGACUUCGGCCCACUUCAAACACACUUGGCUCACCUCGCAAAGCUAAAGGCACAAGCUCUAGCGCAGCGAUCACUAGGCGACUUCAGCCGCAAGCGAGGCCUCGAAGACGACGAGGCUGCAGAAGAGCGCGCAGAGAAGAAGCGGAAGCAGGACGAGGAAGAGAAGAAGAAGAAAGCAAACAUUUCGAGAGGUGUCAAGGAUCUUGCUAAGGUGAACGUGAGUGGCAUGAAGAAGAUGUCGGAUUUCUUUGCGAAGAAGCCAGCGGCGAAGGCGAAGGCGUAG